AUUUUCUUGAGGAUAUACAAUCAAAGAUCAUUUCUUAUAUCUAACAAGAAAAACUCCUUUUGCCAAGAAAGUUUCCAGAAAUUAAGGGGAGGAGGAGAGAGAGUAGGAAGAAUACUUAGCUCAUUUUUAGCACAAGGAAAGUUCCCUUUUAGCUGUUCAAUUCCAAGCCUUAUUCCUGAAAGGAUUAGCUGCUUCCAAAUCUGUGAACGACAUCCAAGGAAGUGUGAGAGACUACAGAGUUUGUGCUUAGAAGAAAAAUGUCAACAGGUUUUCCACACUUCCCCAUCUGAUAGAUAAUUCACCGAUUAGAACUUAAUAUUUUGGGUUGAUAGGGCAUGUUCUGGUAUCACCCCCGCGGCAAUAGUCAGUAGUCACAUCAACAUCAAUAUGGAGCCUCAAAGAUGACAUAGUACACUACAUCGAUGUGAUACCUUGGACUAAGACGGGAUGGCCGCUUGCUCCCGUGUCGUCCGAGGUCGUACAAGACGACGUCACAUAGUACAAAGCCACUCCAGAAAGCUCGAAACGACAUCGCUUGGUGUGCGUCCAUGCAGGUCGGUCGGUGUCCACACGAAAGGUACAAGUCGACCGUUUGAGGAGCUGACGGCCAUUAACAGACCAUAUGCAAUCGACUUUUGUUCAUAGGUAUAAAAGUCAAUCCCCUGACUAGCGUUAUAGAUCUAAUUUCGAACACUCAAACUCCCUCUAACACCAUUCAACAUUGACUUAAGCUUCAGAAAGAUUGAGUCAAGGAAUCUCCUUUUCGACUUCGGCAUGUGUGCAAGAACUCGGCAAGGAAGGAACAAUAACCCAACGAAGGAGGAAGAGCAACUCCUUGCUCUACCUCGAAUUGAUUCUGGAGGCGAAGCCUAAAUCCGACAUGAUGUCGACCACCCCCAUUCGAGUAGUUGCCCACGUGGGCGACUCUGCAUACUCGAGAUCGAACCAAAUCAUACCGAUAGGACGUAAAGUUGCUCAGUAGGUUGGUUGAUCUGUAGGCAGUGACUUACCACCCUGCAAUGGUGGUAAAGCUAAGUCGGUAAAGUUCAGUUCAGAUAGUAGUACUACAGUAGAUAAACUCAGGGUUUUUGGCUCAUCUUUAAACCUUUCCCUUCGAACUCAAAGAAUUGGUCUUCUUUAAGACAAAUCCCUCUUCAAAAUGCCUUCCAAAAUGGAAUCAAACUUAGUGUUCUCUUGGAUGGGUUGACUACUUCUGAGCCAUCAGAAGUAUCUAUUUGUGUAUUCUAUACAUUCCAAUAAAUUUGCCCAAGUUGUUGGAAGGUGAUUGAGAAGCUUCUAAUGUGAGAGAGAGAGAGAGAGAGAGGGUGGGGUUGUCAGUGGGGAAGAGGAACAAAACAUAGCUUGUGAUUUACUAGCCCUAAAUCAGAAGCUGCUAUAUCUUUUCUCACUUCCCAUGGGUUUACUGAAUCAACUGAUUAAACCCACCACACCACAAGCGAUCAACUCGUCAGCAAUUAGAUUUGGUAGUCAAAGUCUUCCCUCUUACCAGAUUCAAUCGUGCAAUUUCUUUACCGUCUUAUGAUAAUGGUAACAACGUGGAAGCCGCUUAAUUCCCCACAUGGGGGUUAUUCAGGUUCCAUCGACGCAAUUUCCCCAUGUGGGAAUGCGCCGCAAUUUGGACGGUCAAAACAACAUGACCAGUCCAGGCCUUCCGGAAUCGACGGCUAGGAUGGGGUUCGUUGACGUCGGGGACGACGACCGUCGAUUCGUCACGUGGGGGAAUCGCACCAAAGGAACGCCAUCGUCGUCACGUGGGCUUUUUCCGCAGAUUGGACUGGUCGUCCAAUUUGACCGCGUGUUUAAAGUGCAACCGCGGCUGCAUAUAAGGGCGGCCCGCCAUUUAAGCCAGCGGGAAUAGUUAGGAGCAGUCGAGGUGGAGAGCAGCGGUAAUGGCAACGGAGCCCUUCGUCCCCUUCCACGAGGAGUACUUACAUGGGGUUGAUAACAGUCUCCUCUGGGCCUUGUCGCCGGAACUGCCCUUCGAUUGUACGGCCGCCUUCCCUGAGCUCAUGCAGGAGAUAGACCCGCCGGUUGCGCCGCCGCCGCCGGCCCAUUCGAGUGCCUUCGGGAGGUAUGCCAGGUCGGAAGGUGCACAAAUGUCGGAGUGCUGCAGCUCAGAAACCAGAAGUGGCGGCGACGGUGGCCGGAACAUCCACCGGCGGGUCAUUGAGAUGUUGAGAAGGAUCCCGAAGGGGGAGGAGCCCAGCGGGGUGGAGACGAGCAGGGGUUUCCGGCAUAUGAUGAGAGAGCGGCAGCGGAGGGAGAAGCUCAGCCAAAGCUAUGCUGAUUUGUACUCCAUGAUUGCCUCCAGAUCAAAGGGUGACAAGAACUCAAUCAUUCAGUCAGCCGCUCAGUAUGUGCUAGAACUACAAGGGGUGCAGAAGGCGCUUCAGAAGCGCAAUGAGGAGCUCAAAGCAGAGAUACUAAGGAACAAUGCAACCGAUGGGGCCAAGAUUAAGAUCAGUGUGACCAAUCCAUCAUCUUCCAUCGACUCCAUGAUUGGGGCACUGCGGUGCUUAAAGAGUUUGGAUGUCAAGGCGAAAGCCAUUCGAUCUGAUCUCUCCAGCACCGAGUUUUCUGCCACUAUGAGCAUCGAUACCAAGAUGGCGACAGCUGAUGUUGAGAGAGUUGUACAGGGAGCUCUAAUGGAAGUCGAGAAGAAGCUUCAUCGCCAGCUUCCAGGAAUCAACACACGCUCACAGCAAUGUCAUGUGGAAAAUAUGAUCUGAACUUUUCCCAUACUUGGCAUGUUUGCCAUAUUUUUAUUCUUUCUUUCUA